GAACUUCAUCGUGCUCGUAACCGUUUCCUAACGACAGCGCGCCCAACCCGGACUUGACGGACAAACAUUCGGCAUUGGUCACAAAGAUGCCCAAGGAGAAGAACUACAACCCGGUGCAGGCGGAGCGCAAGGCGGAGAAGGCAAAGGCGCUGAAAAAGGGCAAAUCGGAGGCCGUCGCACGAAAGAACGAAAAGCUCGCCAAACGAAACCCCGCCCGGAUCCAGAAGGAGAUCGACGAGCUCAAGUUGAUCACCACGAAUGGUGGCAAACUCUCGAAGCACGAAGAGUCAGUUCUCGAAGGACUCGAGCGAGAUCUCAAGGCUGUCAACAAGGCCAGAGAGGCCCUUGGAGACAAGGCGCCGACAUUUGGGCGUGGCCCGUACAACGAUGACCGCGGCGAUGGUGUUCUUGGCAAGAGGAGGCGAGGCAGGGGAGACGAUUCAAGCGACGACAGCGACGUCCCGGACGAUGUGAAAAGCAUACCGAUGCCACGCGAUACACCGCCACCGAUACCGAAAGCCAUACUAGACGAGUGGUUCGCGAAACGGCGAGCCAAGAGAAAUGCGAACAAUCCACACCAUAACCGCAACGACAAUGAGGCCUCGAAGCAAGGCAAGGCGACAGAAACGAAUACCAAGCGCUCUGCUCCCGCAGCACCGGUCGAGUCCCGGACGGUAUACGAAGCGAAGCCCGUUGUACGCGACCUGCGGAAGGAGGCGGUCAGCGCCUUUGUGCCCGCCGCCGUGCGGAUGAAGAUGGACAAAAGCAAAGGGCAGGGCGGUCUGAUGGAGCCCGAGGAAGCCGACCAGCUGGAGCGUGAGGGUUAUCUCAGGACUAAUUCUACUGCGGGACAAUCCAAUUCUGCCACGGACCAGGGCGGGCCGAGAGGCGUGACCAUGGAAGAUGUUGAGGAUGAAGACGAAUGAAAUGAGGUGCGGUCAGAAUGGCUCUUGGGAGGCGAUGUGCUUUGCAAAAACAGUUUUUGAUACCCAGCGAUGAGACAUCUAGAGUAAAAUCAAAGAAUGCCCAAGACUUUGGAAAACAAGAAGUCCACCAUUUCCCAGCGUUGGCUCUUUGGAUUUCAGAUCGAAC